AUGCCCUCCCUGGACCAGCUCCUGGAGCAGGCGGGGGCCUUUGGCCGCUUCCAGAAAGAGGCCUUCACGACCCUGUCUCUGCUCUCGGCCACCUUCGCCCCCAUCUACGUGGGCGUCGUCUUCCUGGGCUUCACCCCCGACCACCACUGCCGGAGUCCCGGGGCGGCCGAGCUGAGCGCCCGCUGUGGAUGGAGCCCGGCCGAGGUGCUCAACUUCACCGUGCCGGGCCUGGGGCCCACGGGGGAUCCCUACCCCCGCCAGUGCCUCAGUUUCCUCGUGGACUGGAACCGCAGCAGCCUGGGCUGCGUGGACCCGCUGGCCGGCCUGGCCCCCAACAGGAGCCAGCUGCCGCUGGGGCCCUGCAUGCACGGCUGGGAGUAUGACACGCCCGGCUCGUCCAUCGUCACCGAGUUCGACCUGGUGUGUGACACAGCCUGGAAGCUGGACCUGUUCCAGGCCAGCGUUAACGUGGGCUUCCUCCUGGGCUCCCUGGCUGUCGGCUACGUCGCGGACAGGUUCGGCCGCAAGUUCUGUCUCCUGAUCACCUCCCUGGUGGCGGCUGUGGCGGGCGCGCUCAUGGCCGGGGUCCCCAACUACCCGUCCCUGCUGCUCCUCCGCCUGCUGCAGGGACUGGUGAGCAAGGGGAGUUGGACGGCCGGCUACACCCUGAUCACAGAGUUCGUGGGCUCGGGCUACAGAAGGACCGUGGCCAUCCUGUACCAGGCGGCCUUCACCGUGGGGCUGGUGCUGCUGCCCGGCCUGGCCUACGUCCUUCCGCACUGGCGGUGGCUGCAGCUGGCCGUGUCCCUGCCCGCGCUGCUCUUCCUGCUCUGCUGCUGGCGUCUGCCUGAGUCUCCGCGGUGGCUGCUGUCCCAGAAGAAAAACUCUCAAGCCCGGAAGGUUCUGGAACACAUCGCCCAGAAGAAUGGGAAGCUGCUUCCUGCAGGCUUCAAGCUCCUGUCCCUGGACCGGGAUGGGGACGCAGAGGCGCCACGGCCGUCCUGCAUGGACCUGUUUCGCACGGGGCGUCUGCGGCGACACAGCCUCAUCCUCAUGUACCUGUGGUUCACCAGCUCCGUGCUCUACCAGGGUGUCAUCAUGCACGUGGGCGCCACGGGCGGCCACCUCUACCUGGACUUCCUCUACUCGGCGCUCGUGGAGUUCCCCGCCAGCUUCAUCAUCCUGGGGGUCAUCGACCGCGUGGGCCGCCGCCACCUGCUGGCCGGCUGCAGCCUGGUGUCCGGCGCUGCCUGCUUCUUCAUGGUGCUCGCCCACGAACAACCCUGGCUGCACACCGCCUUGGCUUGUGUUGGCCGGAUGGGUAUCACCAUUGUCUUCGAGCUGGUGUGCCUGGUGAACACUGAGCUGUACCCUACCUUCAUCAGGAACCUGGGGGUGAUGGUCUGCUCAUCCCUGAGCGACCUGGGGGGCAUCGUGGCCCCUUUCCUGGUCUUCAGGCUCAUGGAGGUCUGGCAAGGUCUGCCACUCGUGCUGUUCGCUGCCCUGGGGCUCUUUGCUGGGUUCCUGACGCUGCUUCUGCCUGAGACCAGGGGGGCGGCCCUGCCGGAGACCAUCGAGGACGCUGAGCGCCUGGGGAGGAAAGCAAAACCCAAGGAAAACAAGAUCUACCUUCGGAUUCAGACCUCAGAGGGCCCCUGA